CGAUCACUGCUGCCUCGAGAUCAUUCCUCUAUACGAUGGCCCUUUUUUAGGGGUCUAUCUCACCUGCUGGAAUGAACGCACCUCUUCCUUCUACGCGGGCAUUUCUCUCCGAUCUACCUUCUCUUCCAGUUAGCUCGAAGGUCCGAUUUCUCGGUUGCGUGAGGACAUACAACAUCCAAACGGGGCAUCUCAUCCUUGAACACAACUAUCCGCGUCAGAAACCACCACAGGAACCACCCUCUGUUGCCGUUGAUAUCAACGCGGUGCUGGAGACAGUCACCUCGCAGGAGCUGUCCGUUGGCGCGUGGGUAAAUGUGCUCGGCUAUGUAAGGAGAUAUAGGAGAAGUGAUGAUGAUUCUGCUGUUUCAGAAUCAAAUCCCAACCCAGUGUAUGUGGAAGCCGUGAUGGUGUUCCCAGCUGGCGCCGUGGCGUUGGGAGAGUAUGAGCGAAUCCUGCAGGAAGCGUUGGGCGUGGAGAGGAGGGUAAGGAGGACAGGGUGAUAACCCAUUUCAACAUAUUGAUUAAUGACUAGCAAUUAUUCAACUUUUUUCUAUGUGCU